AUGAGCGACCCUACAAUCAAAGGAAUUACGCCCUCGGACGUCCAAUACGACGGCUCGUCGCUGCGAAUUGGCAUUGUUCACGCUCGAUGGAAUAAAGUGGUCAUCGACGCCCUCCUCCAGGGCACUAUCGACAAGCUCAAGGAGCUCGGCGUCAAGGAGAACAACAUCGUCGUCCAGUCCGUCCCCGGUAGCUUCGAACUUCCACUGGCAUGCUCACGGAUGAUUGCCGGGUCCCAUGUACAAGAGGCAGCCAGUAUCCCUGACCUCCUCGGUGGCCUCACCUUUGGAUCGAGCACGCCCAAUGCACAGCGUAGCGGCACCCCAGCACCUCCCGGAGCUGCCCCGGCCUCCAAAGCACCCUUCGACGCCGUCAUUGCCAUUGGUGUCCUCAUCAAGGGCGCGACCAUGCACUUUGAGUACAUCUGCGACAGCGUUUCGCACGCACUCAUGAAGCUUCAGAUGGACACCGGCACACCCGUAAUCUUUGGAGUCUUGACGGCGUUGACGGAAGACCAAGCUCUCGAACGAGCGGGUAUUGGACGCGGUGAAAACAAGGGUCACAACCAUGGCGAAGACUGGGCUGCAGCCGCUGUUGAAAUGUCGUCCCAUGUCCGACGUUGGAACCAAGGAAAAUUCACGUAG